GCGGUAUUUACGUGGAAAAUUAAAAUCACAAAGCAAAUAUUUUAAAUUUAGACAUUAAAUUUUAUAGUUGGUUUCCGACAGACGCCUUUUACUUGUGCGCAUCAAAUAAAUACUUAUAGAAAUAUGCUGUUUAUUCAAGAAAGUUUCCAUAUUCAUUAUCUUGAAUUGUCUUUUAUCUGAUCAGCAAAGAAUUCCUUGAUGGAAUUUAUCUGCCAUUUAUUUUCAAUGUUUCUUUGUCUAAAAGGAAUUUUCCUGGUUCCAAAUAUACAUAAUUAUUUUGAAAUUUGGCCAAGUUCCUACAUCAUGAAGGAUAUAAUGAGGUGAAUAACUGCCGCUGACCAGUGAAAUGCUGACUCCAAUUUUAUUUUUACUUUAAAAUGCAAAUAUAAUUUUUUGGACCACGUGAACGGAACAGACUUAAAAAAUGACUUUUGCAUACAUACGUUUGACAGUUUUUUGUGUUCAAGUAUUUUUGUUUUUUUCAAUAAUUAUUAGGAUAAAAAUUUUCGGCCAAAAACAGUUAAAAUGACUAAUGAAGAGAAACUCCAGAAACAUUAUUCAUAUUUCGAUCAAUUUUUAAGAAGGGCCAAACGCGAAUUCGAAAUAAAAUUCAGUCAGGAAAUAAAGCAAAAUUGCCUUUUAAUAGAUUUCGAUAUAAUGAAAGUUUUGGGAGCUGGAUCCUUUGGACUGGUGGUUCUUUGCAAGGAUAAACGAGAUAGCAAAACAUACGCCAUGAAACUUAUGGAAAAAUGCAAUAUAAUUAAAACGAGACAACUGGCCCAUACCGGUGCUGAAAUAAAAUUAAUGAAAAAUAUCAAUUUUCCUUUUAUAGUCGACAUGCAUGGAUUUUUUAUGGAUAAUGUAUAUGUGGGCAUUGUCAUGUCAUUUGCAAACGCUGGCGACAUGUUCACCCAUUUGAGAGAAUUAAAGAAAUUUGAAGAAGGUCUGGCAAAAUUUUAUGCGGCUCAAGUUAUUCUGGCUUUUGAAUACAUACACCAUUUAGGAGUUAUUUACAGAGACUUGAAGCCAGAAAACAUCCUGGUAGAUCUUCAAGGAUAUUUGCGAAUAACUGAUUUGGGAUUUUGCAAGAAAAUUGACAACACUCGAACCUAUACGUUGUGCGGCACUCCCGAAUAUUUAGCCCCGGAAAUAAUUCUGAGUCAAGGCUAUAACAAAUCGGUGGAUUAUUGGUCCUACGGAGUGUUGGUUUACGAAAUGAACGCAGGAUACGCCCCGUUUUUCGCCAAAGAUCCGAUGAGGCUUUACGAAAAAAUCGUUUCGGGAAAAUAUUCUUGCCCGCCGUUUUUUUCCAAGCAACUCAAAGAUUUGCUUGGCAAUAUGCUUAUUGUUGACAGAUCUAAAAGAUACGGUCUACUAAAAAAUGGAGUCAAAGACAUCAAAAGUCACGACUGGUUUAAGAACACCGAUUUCGAUCAAAUUCUAUCCAAGAAAGUUAUACCCUCGUACGUUCCAAAAGUUGACAAUGAAACCGACACAAGAUAUUUCGAAAGUUCCAGCAAGAAAUUGGUCGUUAAAAAGGCAUCGACAGACGAAUUCGCUAAAGAAUUUGAUGACAUAUUUGUAACUCCUAAAGCCUAGCAAAAAUAUUAAUAACAAAUUAUUUGUAAAAUUAAUAUAUUAAAAGAGCUAUUAAAACAUAUAAAAAAUGGACAAAUAUUUGAUUAUUAUUAGUAAUAUUAUUGGCUGAAUUGCAGUUUGUUUCAUUGCACUCAUAACACUAAAAAACAAUCAAACUCAGAUUCAAUUCACGUAGAGCCAUUUUUUCAGACUUUUCAAGAAAUUUACAGUUGUCUUUUUUUUUGAAUAUUGGCUUAAAACAUUUUCUAUAAGUUAAUUCGUGAGCUACGAUUUCGU